AUUAUUAUUAUUAUUAUUAUUAUUAUUAUAUAAUAAUUGGGUCUGACAAGAAUUACAUUGUUGUUAGUGAUUGAUAAUUGGAAAAAUUCAUCUCUCUUCACGUUCUCUGUUUUGCUGAACCCCCAAACCAGUUUCCAGACUAGAGCUUCUUCGGCUCUGAAGAAGAAUUAAUGGCUUCCUUCGUGUCCACAGGAUCCCUUAUAAUGGUGAGCCCGCACCCUUAAGAGCUUUUGUGGGCACCGGCUUCUUCUGACUGGCUCUGAAGUCUGAACAGAAUCUGAGUACAGACCGCCCGCGAGCGUGGGAGAGAGAGAGAGAUGGCGGCUUCUUUUAGGUGGGUAAUGCAGCUGCACAAGGACGUGCCACGCGCCGCCAAGUUCUACUCCCAGGGCCUCGACUUCGCCGUCAAUGUCUGCACCCUUCGGUGGGCGGAGCUCGAGUCCGGCCCCCUCAAGCUCGCCUUGCUGCAGGCCCCGAGUGAUCACAUUGUGCAGAAGGGAUACUCCUCGCUGCUUUCGUUCACAGUUACUGAUAUUAACAAUACAAUCACAAAGCUGAUGGCAUUAGGAGCUGAGCUAGAUGGUCCUAUCAAAUAUGAGAUCCACGGUAAGGUUGCUGCGAUGCGAUGUGUUGAUGGCCACAUGAUAGGGCUCUAUGAACCUGCCUAGUUCAGACACCCACCGAUCGACAACCAUUUGCUCUCCCAGUUGAAAUGGCAGAGAACUGGGUAAAUGGAUAUUGUCGAAGCCACAGAUUCUGUUACUUUCGAGAAUCGAGAGAGAGAGAUGCAUUGAGAAAACUUUUUACUUCAGAUUCCAAUGGACGAACUAGGUGUGCAUUCAUGUGUACUGCAGCUGCAAAACUUGUGAGGAGAGUAAUAAGAAGUGGAAGGAGUUUAUUUCAUUUGUUGCUGUUCA